CCAGGUACAGGUGCCCACCUGUGUGAGCUCCUCGCACAGCUGACUGCCUGUUUCGUUCAGAGCGGGACUGGGGCUGGAUCACAGACGCACUCUCCUCCGUCCCUGAUUCCUGACCGCUCGGCUUUCUGAUGUCACCUGGAAAGACACCCUGUUGAUGAAGUAAAGUUGGGUUUGGUGUAAGAAAUAAGGAGACCAAUCAAAACCGGAAUCUCUCGCGGCGAUCUUGUUUCUUCCAGAGAAACGAUGGCUGGUGGAUAACAUGAGUGGGAUGAGCUACGUUUGCCCUCGUGGGGGAUCCAUUUCAGUAAUCGUGAGCCAGUUCAACAACAAGACUGACGAGCGAGUCUGGGACUUUGCCUGUAAGGCCACCUUCAGAGGGAUCAUCAACUGCAGUUGGACCGAUUACGUCAACAAUUUCGAUGAAGGCAUCAACUUCUCCUGCCCUUCCGAGUCACUGAUUUGUGGGGUGGAAAAUCUCCGACUUCCUAAGCACAAGGAUCGGAAGUGGAAGUUCUACUGCUGCGGCAAGUACACAGUGUGCUAUGCCAACUGUGCAUGGACUGACUAUGUGAAUGAGUCCAGAGAGUACUUCAGCUGGCUCGUCCCAAAGGGAUUUUAUCUGGUGGGCGCUGUACGUUACCAUGACAGUAAUGGCAACAAACGCCGUUGGCAGUACCGAUACUGUGCGAUGUUCCCCACCGUUCUGCCUACCUUAUGAUUGCUUCAUGUUGCAAUAAAGAGAUUGAU